AGGCGGGGCUGUCAGGUGACGAUCACAUGACCCUGCCCAGGGCUGCUUGUGUUUCUGCGCUGGGGCUCUACGCUGGAUUCGGCCGCAGCAUGAGACCCCCGGGGAUCUGGACGUUCGCCUCUGUUCUGCUGCUCAUCACCGGUGUUACCGGGCAGUCUACCGGUGUACCGAGCCAGCUGUGCGGACAAACUUGGGAAGCGUUUGAUGAUGAGAAAAAUGUGCACUAUAAGAUUAAUGUCUGUGAAAACUUACCAGCCAGUGAAUGUGGGGGGACGGCAUGUGCCAUUUCAGGCCAUGAUAUAAAGGACAACAUUUAUCAUGUAUAUGGAACAUUACCACCUCAAAUUGGCGAUAAUGUGCUUAUAUUUAAUACAACCCAAAGUUGUCCAGAAUCUGAGCAUAAAAUCCAAAGUAUUAUCAUCUUGGUGUGCGGAAAGUCAUUGGGUACCCCUGAAUUUAUUAAAUAUGAUGAAUGUGUUAAUUACUUUGAGUGGAGAACAUUUACGGCUUGCAAGAAGAAUACAUUUAAUCCUAUUAAAGAGGUACCAUGCUAUGUUUUUGACUCAGAUUACAAGAAACAUGACUUGAAUCCACUCAUAAAAGUAUCAGGCGGACACUUGGUGAAUGAUUGGGAGCCUGACUUUGACUUGUACAUCAAUAUUUGUCGAACUAUUGGUAUGUCUUCAGGAGAAACCUCAAUCUGUCCUCCAAGUAGUGCUGCUUGCCUUACAAAAGAUGGUAAAGGUUAUGAUGUUGGACAACCGAAAAAUGCUCUUGCCUCCUAUGACAAAGACAGGCUGGUUCUUGAAUAUGAAACAGACUCGAAACCUGUCUUUUGUAAUGGCCAUUCACCAACGGUUAAAAUAAUAUUUACAUGUCCAUCAGCUGGCACAGAGGUUACUGACCCCAAACUUACUGCGAGCAGCAAUUGUCGGUAUGAGAUAGAAUGGAUUACAGAGAAUGCUUGUCACACAGAUUACUUGGAAAGUGACAAUUGUAAACUCAUCAGCAAAGAGAGGGGAAUUUCUGUUGACUUGACGCCACUUACAGAAAAACCAGGAAACCCUUACCAUACACAAGAUCCAAAGGGUGACUAUUCAUACUUCUUGAAUGUGUGUGGUAAGACAACAGAAGGGGGAUGCUCAGGUGACUAUGUUUCGUCUUGUCAAAAGAAAAAAGCAAAUGGACAAUGUAAAUCUUCUGGCUCAUACCAAAAUCAAACCCUCAGGUAUUCUGAUGGUGAUAUAACUUUGACAUAUCCCAGGGGAGACACUUGCAGUUCUGGUUUCCAGCGUAUGACUGUAAUUAAUUUUAUAUGUAAUGAGACUGCAGUGAAUGCUGGAAAGGGAGUGCCUGAAUUUCAGAGUGAGGCAGACUGUACCUAUUUCUUUUCUUGGCAAACCAAAUAUGCAUGCCUAAAAAAGAAAGAAGAUAUGUGCUAUGUGGAAUCAAAGAAGAAACAGUUCAACUUGUUUAGUUUGAUUCGUACUCCAGAAUCCAGCAAUGCUCAAAACUGGGAGGCAGUAAGCUUAAACACAUCAGAUAUGAGCCGCUUCUAUAUUAAUGUCUGCCAUGAUGUCCUGCAGACAGGAGAGGCCAGUGCCUGUGAUGAUGAUGCAGCAAUUUGCGCAGUGGGUCCUGGUGGCAAGAAAAAUCUAGGAAAGUUUCUUACUCAACCAAAGUUUGUUAAUGGACACAUUGUUCUUGAAUACAUGGAUGGGUCAACUUGUGCAGGCAACAAACAUAUUAACACCAACAUCACACUCAUAUGCAGCCCAGGUAACCGCGAGAGCCCCCCAGUACUAAAGAGUGCUGAGGACUGCAGCUAUGAAUUUGAGUGGAAUACAGCUGCUGCCUGUGUCGUAUCCAGAAAAGAAGGAGAUAAAUGCACAGUUGCAGAUGCACAGUCUGGUUUCUACUUUGAUCUUUCUCCUCUGACCAAUAAAACUGGAAGCUAUGAGAUUGUUACUGAUACAUACAAUUUCUAUAUAAAUGUUUGUGGCAAUGUAACCCAACAACCAUGUGAACCCAGUUCAGGAGCAUGUCAAGUGGCUAAGAACAAAGAAAAUUGGAAUCUUGGUGUUGGCAAUUCUAAGCUUUCCUACUAUGACGGAAUGAUCCAGCUCAGCUACACUGAUGGAACUGCUUACAAUGAUGAUAAGAAGACGCCUCGCACAGCACUGAUAACUUUCUUGUGUGACAGAAGUGUUGAUCUUGGUCAGCCAGAAUAUCAGAAAGAAGACAACUAUACGUACAACUUCAAGUGGUACACAAAAUAUGCUUGUCCGGCUCUACCGGUGGAAUGCAUUGUAGUGGACAAGGAAAAAAAUGAACAAUACGAUCUUUCCAGUUUAUCUAAGGUACAAGGAGAACAUUCUACCAACUGGUUUGCCAUGGAUCAAACACAGGAUCAUCACAAAAAAUAUUACAUUAAUGUAUGUCGGUCAUUGGUGCCAGUGUGGGGAUGUGAUCCAUUUGCGGCAGUGUGCCAAAUGGGCUAUGCCAAAGUAUCUGAUAAGCUUGAAGAAACCGCGACGAACAACAACCUGGGUGUAGCAAGCAAGAAACCUAUUAUAGAAAGCAGUGGAAAAAUACUCAUUGAAUACACAAAUGGCUCUAAAUGUAUUGAUCAAGAAAAUAAUGAUGUUUUAUAUUCAUCACAAUUGCAUCUUAUAUGUGAAAAGGGAGCUGUGUUCACCAGUCCUAGAUUUAUUUCUGAUGAAAACUGUGUAGCCACCUUUCUGUGGAAUACAGAAGCCGCUUGUCCUAUGUUCAAAAGCAAACAUGGAAAUGAGGACUGUUUAAUAGAAAAUCCAAACACUGGUUUUAUUUAUAACUUUGAAUCUUUGAAGAAUGAGUCUGGUUAUAUGGCACAAGGCAAUGGUAAAACAUAUAAGCUGAAUAUCUGUGGCCCUGUCAGUGAUUGUGGCCAGGUUGACGGCAGUCCUGCAGCUGGUUGUGAAAUUGAAAACCAGGUAAAAUCUAGACCGGUGAAACCAAGCAAGUCACUGGAUCUAUCUUCAGAGGACACCAUUACUCUUACUUAUAGUGGAGCAAAGGAUGACAAAACAGGGUCCGGAGACAGCUUCACGAUAAAUUUCGUAUGUAAUGAUGAUCUAUAUCCGGGUCAGCUGUCAUUCAAGAGAGAAGAGAUUAAUUCUGAGACACAUCUUUACCACACUUUUUUUGAUUUUGAAACGGCCAUGGCUUGUUCCCCAGCCCCAGUUGACUGUCAAGUUACAGAUUCCAGGGGUAAUGAAUAUGAUCUAAGUGACCUUAGUAGGGAGGAUGAACCAUGGAUUGCUGUUGAUACAGCCGACCAAAAAGAUAAAAGAACAUUUUAUCUCAGCAUCUGCAAGCCUCUGCCAUAUGCUUAUGGAUGUUCAGGCGGAGCAGUCGGAUCCUGCAUGAAGACUUCAGACAAUAAACACUUGAAUCUUGGCUUCAUCCAGAUGAGUCCCCAGGCUUCUGAUGAUGGAUCUCUUACCAUAGUUUAUAUGAGUGGGGACAAAUGCUCAAAUACUAAGCAUUACUCGACAAGGAUCAUUUUUCAGUGUGAUCACAAUUUAGGGUCUCCUGUGUUCCAAGAACAAGAGGGAUGUGAAUACGUCUUCUUAUGGAGAACUUCAGAGGCUUGUCCUGUUGCUAGAGCUGAAGGUGACAACUGCCAAGUUAAAGAUCCAAAGUAUGACUAUGUUUAUGACCUGAGUCCACUUGGAGAAAAAGUUGUAACAGUGGAAGAUGGUGAAUAUAAAUACCAGCUCAAGGUUUGUGGUGAAGUUCCUGCAUCUGCAUGUUCAUCCCAGGCACCAUCUGGAUCAACUGUGUCAUCCUGUCAAGUAAAGGGUGAUAAAGGAAUGUUAGCAGGUUUGACAAAUCAAAAGCUGGUAUAUGAAGAUGGGAUUAUUAUGAUAAAUUACACUGGAGGAGCACUCUGUCACAAGAAAUAUCAACGUUCAACUCUUAUAAUAUUCCAAUGUGACAAGACAGAAGGAAAGCCUGAAUUUCUAAAAGAGACUCCAGACUGCAUAUACAAAUUCCAGUGGCGUACACCACGAGCCUGUCUACCUUUUAAGCCUAUUGACUGCAGCUUCAAGGACACACUUGGAAGGUCAUAUGAUUUGUCACAGCUAUCACAUUACGAUAAAAACUGGGAAGCAGAUUCUUUGAUUGAUCCAAAGAUUAAAUUCCGCAUCAAUGUAUGCAGACCUCUGGUGCCAGACACUGGGCCUGCUUCUUGCCCCCACGGCUCUGCUGCCUGUUUAUUAGAAGGUAACAAGGCUACAAAUCUGGGAGAACUUGUAUCCAGUCCAAGAUGGGACAGUGCAGUGUCUGUGCUUGAGUAUAAGAAUGGGGACCUCUGCUCUGAUGGUACGAGAAAAAGAACUACUACAAUAAGAUUUAUGUGUGACCUAAAUAAAGUGGUAUCAGGACCGGAGUUAAUCAGUAACAUACAGAACUGUGACUAUAAUUUCUUGUGGAUCACCGCAUAUGCAUGUCCUUUGACAAUAAGCACACAUGAUGAGUGCCGAGUUAAGAACUCUGUUACAGGCCAUGAAUUUGAUCUGUCUUCAUUGUCAAGCAAGGAUGGUUAUCUUAUUAAGGAUCGUGAAAGAUCUAUUCAGUUAAAUGUUUGCAGUAUGGUUAACAAUAGUCCAUGUGGAGCUGCAGCGGGUGUGUGUGUGACAGAUGGAGGCAAACAUAUAAAUGCGGGGAGAUCAUCGAGGAAUAUCACUUAUGUAGACCGGGUGCUGAAACUAACUUAUGAAGAUGGGGACCAAUGUGAAAAGAAUCCCUUUAUGAAACAUCGUAGUGUCUUUACUUUUGUAUGUGGAGCAAAUACAGUUACUGGCAGUCUCCCUUCAUUGACCUACUAUAGUGAAGACACUUGUACAUGGCAGUUCUCCUGGAAUACGCCCCUAGUCUGUGAACAAGAGAUUGAGUGCUCUGUUCGAAAUGGCACGUCCCAUAUUGAUCUCAGUCCCCUCCUCAAGCGCGCUGGUUAUUAUGAAGUCCUACAAAGCACAAAGAAAGAGGGCUCUGGAGUUUUCUACAUCAAUAUUUGCCAGCCAUUAAAUGAUGGGAAAUGUCCACCCGGGGCAUCAGUCUGUAGAGUCCCUGCCGGGGAAGAACCCACUGACAUUGGCCACCCAUCAGGUCCUCCACAGAUUGAUCUAGCUACACAAAAGGUUUUUAUCAAAAUGGAAAGCCAGACACCAUGUGAUUCUACGGACAAGGCGAAGGGAAACUAUUCUACCACCAUCAUCUUUCAUUGCAAUGCAGGGACAGAUCUGGGAAGACCGAAGUUUGUUCAACUUUCUGAAUGCAACUAUCUUUUUGAAUGGGACACCCCUUUAGUGUGUCCGGAUGAAGAAAGUGUCUUGGGGUGUUCACUGACAGAUCAGCAACUACAAUACACCUUUAAUUUCUCCAGCCUCUCCAAAGAGACAUACAAAGCAUCUGGUUCAAUGCCUUUCUACAUUGGAGUGUGUUCUCCAGCACAAAAUGUGCUGACUGACAAAUGUAGCGGGGCAGUGUGUCUUCAGUCUGGAAACACAUCCGUCUCUUUUGGGAAAGCAAAUGCACUAAAAAUGGAGUAUCUGCACCAAGAGGAUAUGAUUAAACUUCAGUAUGCAGGAGGAGACCCUUGUCCACAAGCUACUGAGAACAGGCAGUCCACCAUCUUGUUUAAAUGUGAUGAAAGUGCUGGGAAGGGCUCUCCUGCUCUGCUGAGUGAGACCAAAGGCUGUUUGGCUACCUUUGAAUGGAAAACACAGCUAGCCUGUCUUCCAAGAAAAUUGGACUGCAAGUUCAUAUUCAACAACCAGACCUAUGACCUUAGCAUGCUCUCCUCGAUGACUGGACACUGGGAUUUUACAGAUAAUGGCAACAGGUAUUAUCUUAACCUUUGCCAAAGAGUGAAUCAAGGGCCUAGUGCUUGCUCCGAAACAGCAAGUGUGUGCCGGGAAAGUAAUGGACGUGUCCAGGUUUUAGGGCAACUUCAUACACAGAAUGUAAUAUUACAAGAUAAAGCCAUUUCAGUCACCUAUUCAAAUGGAGACGAGUGCAGAAAAGACCAAAAAUUCUCAACUACUAUAAAUCUAAUAUGUAACACUAUAACUAGCAAGCCUGUGUUACAAAGGUUUGAUUCACAGGCUUGUCGCUAUUACAUUCAGUGGGAGACACGAGCAGCAUGUGCUGUUAUUCCAGAAGAAGUUACAAUGACAAAUGGAAUAAUCCAUUUAGAAAAUGGUAUAAACAUUGAUUUAACCAGGAUCUACAUCAAAUCAUACACUGCUGGUGGUGAUAAAAGGACUAAGGAUCAGUAUUUAUAUGAAAUUCAGCUAUCUGGAAAAGAGAACUCUACUCACCAGAAAUGUAACAAAGCAAGCAUAUGCCAAGUCAAGACUACUGGAGACUUUACUAGAGCUGUUGGCUCUCCCGGAAAUGCCAAAUAUUACCUUGACGAUGAUGAUUUGGAUGUAGUUUUCACCUCAAGCUCACAGUGUGGUAAAGACAGAACCAAAAAUGCCACUUCUUCCAUAUUGUUGCGUUGCAGCCCAUCCCAUGGGGAGGGACAACCAGAAUUCCUUCAUGAAACGGCGGACUGUCAGUAUGUGUUCACCUGGCACACCUCUGCUGUUUGCCCACUGGUCCCGAAAGAUGAUGAUGAUGGCAAACCUGUUAAUGGUAAUUCAUACCAAGGCCUGUCUGGUAGGAGCCAAGCUGUGGGGGCCAUUCUUAGUAUUCUUCUGGUGAUUCUUGUUGCUUGUUUAGUUGUGCUGUUAUUGUACAAGAAAGAGAGAAGGGAAACUGUUAUGUACAAGCUAACCAACUGCUGCCGGAGAAGUUCCAGUGUGUCUUACAAAUAUACGAAGAUCAACACAGAAGAAGAAGUGGACAAUGAAACGGAGUGGCUCAUGGAAGAAGUAUCUGCCAACCAUGGAAAAUCACUCCAUGAAAAUGGUCACGUUAGGAGCGUUAAAGCUGGAGCCUUCACCUCACUUCACGUUGAUGAUCUUGACAGUGAAGACGAGGUCUUGACUGUCCCUGAAGUCAGAAUACAGUCUGCAAGAAACAAACAGAAGAAUUUAAACCGGUCUUUAGGCCAGUAUGCUUCUGGAAGUGAUGAGAACAUAAUAGGUGUAGCUAACGGUGGACAAGAACAGGCCGGAAAAUCCAGAUCUGGUCUAUAUAAAAAGGAGGACAAGCCUACUAUAACAUCUUUUCAUGAUGACAGUGAUGAGGACUUGCUUAAUGUCUAGUGCAACUCUGCAAUCUUAACCCCUCCUCCUAAUUGUGCCUAAAAUGAAAUAGUUUGAAGGGACAAUGCUGUUGCAACCAAAUAUGCGUAACUUUUUUUUUUUUUUACCUUUUAUAGGUUGAAAUAAAAUCAAUACAUGGGAAGACGGGGAUUAUUUUUUAUUCUCUGUUUACAGCAAUGAUGGAAUUUUGUUGAAUUUCUGCUCUAGAGACUUUAAGGAAGCUUUAUGUGCAGUAUUUUGUUUUAAGAAUCCCUGCACUAAAUGGUAAAUAGUUGGAAUAUCCUUUCUUACUACGGGAGCUGGCAUCUUCUUGUAUUAUGUAAAUUGUUCUUCGCAAUCAAUAAAGUCAGAAGAUACAAGCAAUUUCCAUUUCUAUUGGAUCCUCUGACUCUGCCAUCACAAUCCAAGUUUGACUACUUAUUUAUUCACUUGAACUACAACUCAGGUUGGCUGAAUAAAGCAUUAUACUAUUCCUGCCGGCAGGGUGUUAAAUCCAUAAAGGGACUGAUCAAGAAGUGCACUCCCAGUUGUAAUAUUUACUGAUACCAUCGCGUUAAAUCCAGACGAUGAUUUUGUGUGUUAAUAAUCUCUUAGGUUUAAGUGGUGAAUUCUGAAGAAGUAUUUCUUAUAUCCGUAUAUGUACAUAUAUGCUGCUGUCCUGUGCAUGGUGUCCAAUGGAAAUAAUAAAGUAUUACAGUGUGUCAAUAGGAAACAAUCAUUAAACUUGCACCAGGAAGAUCUUUACGAGGCAUAAAAUUACUUGUAUUGAUGCCAUCAGAUUAGAAUUUUUUUUUUAAUGCCAGUCAGUGAACCCAUUUAUAUUCAUAAAGUGAUUCCCUACAGAUGUCUUAAUGUCCCCCAUGGACUUAAGCGGUAGAGUUUGGACAUCUUUCAUUGUUAGUGUUUCCUAAUGAUAAAAUGAUCAUGGAGUAUUCUGCAGCCAGUGAUCUGUGGUACUAAGCAGUGUUCAGUAUACCUGUAGUGCCAACAUAAGGGAAAUAAGGCAUACACUGUGCACAUUACAACUAAUGCAGGCACUUAGAGAUAUGCUUUUUGUAUUUUAUCCUUAUGGAUGAGGGUGCUAAACAGAAAACCCCCUCAGCUUUCCCUAGGGUAUUGGAACAUGGGUUUUGUAAACUUGACCACUCCUUUAAAUAGGCAGUCAUGUGCAGAUUACAACACACCAAAACUGUUUGUAUGCCAUGUGUAACUGCACUACAUCCAUAAUGUCAAGAACGUCUCAUUACAAAAACAUACUUUCCCUCGUAUUGAGUUCUUUCUCAUUUUGCAUUUUUUCUUCUUCUUUCUACUAUUGCUUCUAGAUUUUUGUAGAGCUCUACUCUGCUCUGUGGCUGCAUUCAAAUCAGAAAAGUAGCCUAGAUUUGGACUGGUAUGCCUACAUAGACUGUGUUGUACCUGUGCUUGGUCCAUCGAGUUUAGUAGACCAACCGCAAUGUAAAAGUGACUCCAUUUUCAAGCAUGCACUGUUAUUUUGUGAUACUCAAAAGCGCAGCCUUCUGUGUUGUAGAGUGGAUAAAAUGUACCGUAGUAACUAGUAGACUCUGCUUGGUCUGUUGAACUCAAUGGAGCUUGCAGGUAUAUCCCAGACAUACACUUCUUUUCAGAUGUGAACAAAUCCAAAGUCAAUCUUGAAAAUGAGCUUUUUAUGGUAAGUGGCUGAUCUAGCAAAUUGUCUAUUCUUAUAGCCAUCCUUCAGUGAUAUGUAAAAGACACUGGGUAUAUCGUUGUACAUGUACGUAAGGCUAAGUUCACCUUUUAAUUUAUGCGCGGUACAGUUAUUUCUGCCAUCUUUUAAUAAGCUGGUAUGCAAUAUUGUCAUUUUUUUCCCAAAAUUUAAUGGGGACUUCCAGUUGUAUGUAUAUGAAGUUUAAUUAUUGUAUAAUUAAGUGAUGCAACUUUUUAAUCUACUUUGUUUUUUUCUCUUUUAGUUCUAUUCUUUUCUUCAUACUAUUACUGAUUGCACAUUUUUUUAGGUUGAAAAUCUGUAGAAUAAGAAUCUCCUAUGCACAUAAUGAACAGCAUAGGUGUAAGCA